AUGGGCAUCAACAUCUGGCCACAGUGGUUGCUGAACUACAAAGUACAGUUUUGUGCCUUUGUCCUGGCAAUACUUUUCUUGAAAACUGAGUCAGACAAAGGUUUCUACAGCGUGUUUCUCAACUCCUACGCUCACUGCGGCCAUGACAACUUUCUGGAGGUAAAACCUGAUCAGGGAUUUGUGCUUCUGGCUGAUGUUAGCCCCCACACUGGCACAAAAACUUUCCGCAACUGCGAGACAAACUUUUAUUCCAAACGAGAUGAUGGCAGGCUGUGCAUUGUUCAGGAAGGGAGAGUAAGUGAGAUCGGUGACCCUAAUGCCGAACUUCUCAUUCAUGAUGGACACGACACAGAUGAAUCUCCGCAGAUCUUUGCUCUGGGGUAUCAAGGCAGGUGGUUGCAGAGAGAGUACUGCACACAGUCACGAUAUGUCAACUUCUAUUUACGAAGUAUCAAUAGAACUGCAAGGGUUGAUAUCCGCAAAGUGUUUAUAAAUUUAAAGAUAUUAGAUAUCGAGAGCAGGGAGCGACAGUUGUAUCUGGAUGACACAUACUGUGAACAUUCUUACGACCUUUAUAAUAGCCAGGUCAGCAUUUUCAACAUGGCACCGGCAGUCGAUCUUUCUUUAAGAAAUGUAUCAGAUUCUUGUAAUUUAGAAAUACACAAGAAUGCGAAUAAUAAAAGUAUCUGCUUUGUUUAUAUUCCAUCAAAUCAGUUGAGUUGUGACAGCAACUGGAUGGUUAGUAUUCUGUCUCCAUUACAAAAUGCUGAAUAUGCUUUAAAGUGUACCGACCACAAAGCGAAGCAGUUGCACGCUUGGUGUGGUCGCACUGGCCUACACUCACUAACUUUCCGUUUCCAGCGGGGGAAUAAUUCCUUUUCUGAAGUUCCAGAAAUGUUUCGCUAUGUUUUUGCUGACUACCAAGGGUCUCCAGACAGUCUUCUAGAGAAAAUUAAGAGAGAGCUGUCAGUACAAACAGGCAAUGAUGGUAUAUCAGCUGGCUGGGUUGUCUUUAUUGUCCUGGCGUUGAUAGUAAUUGUGGCAGCAGUGGCUUUGUUCUGCUGGAAGCAACGUCUGCUGCCAUGUUUGCAGUACAAGGCUGUGCACAACCCUGGCAAUGCUGCCUUGGUUUAA